UCAUCGUCGCAUUCGAGAGUCGAGGACGACGUGGACGGGAUGCUGCUGCUGCGCUGGUCGUCUCUCUGUGCGCUCGGCCUCGUCGCCGCCGUCGCCCACGCGCAGAGCUUGCGCCUGCAUGCCAACACGACCUCCGUGCAGGUGGCCGACGCCUUGUAUGGCACCUCGUGCAGCCAGCGCGACGACUGCGGCUUCUUGCCUGGCCUCGCCUGUAUCAACAACCUCUGCGCCUACUGCCAGACCGACGCGCAGUGCGGCGCGACGCUGAGUGAUGGCUCCAAGCGCUGCCAUGUGCAGAGCGGGCGCUUCGUGCGCGUGCCAACGACCUCGGACACGGCGGCGUUCCGCCUCGACCCGGUCACGUACUGCAUCGAGAAGGACCUCUUUGCCCCGUUCACGCGCGCCGAUGCGUUCUCGACGUUCAUGGCGUUUCUUGCGGCCGCCCUCGGCGCGGGCUGCGGCGUCGGCGGCGGCGGGCUCCUCGUGCCGCUCUACAUUCUCGUGGUGGGCCUUGGCCCCAAGCACGCGAUCCCGCUCUCGAAAGCCACGAUUUUUGGCGCGGCCGUCGCUACGUUCCUCGUCAACUACCCGCGCAAACACCCGCACAAGCCGCACCGACCGGUCAUCGACUAUGCGCUCGCAGGCAUGAUGGAGCCGCCGACGCUCAUUGGCACCAUCUUUGGCGUCAUGGCCAACCGCACGUUUCCCCCAUGGCUCAUCCUCGUCUUGCUCAUCACGCUCCUCUCGUACAUCUCGUACAAGACGACGCUCAAGGGCAACAAGCUCUUUGCCAAAGAACAAAUCGAGCUUGCAAAAGCGGCCAGCGACGGCAACUCGAUCCAGUCGCCAAAAGAUACGCUUUCGCUCAUGUACCACGAGAAGCGCCAGCGCAUCACGGCGGCGGUCGCGGCCAAGAAAUGGCUGCUCCUCACCCGCACCAACAAGAAGCGCCGGGCGCUCGUGGCCCAGGACGAAGAAGACUUUCAGAGCCUGCCGCCGCUGGACCUGCCCGUCGCCAACAAGAAGGCAUUUCUCAAGGAGAUGAAGCUCAACAUUGAGCGCCUUGAGAGCAUCGUGUUUCCGUGGCGCUGCGUGCUCCCGCUCGUCGUGUGCUGGGUCGUGCUUCUCGUGCAGAUGCUCUUUCUUGGCGGCCACGGCUCGCCCAGCCUCGUUGGAAUCCACUGCGGCUCGCCCAUGUACUGGGCCCUGACGUUCACUCCGCUCCUCGUCCUCGUGUACAUUACCUACCACAUGGGACUCAACCUCCGCCUUCGCAACCGUCUCCUCGUCGUGAGCGGCACGCCGUUCGUUGACGGCGACGUCCACUGGACCAAGCGCACAACGCAAGUGGUGUUUCCGCUCUACUGCUUUUUCGCAGGCAUCGCCGCCGGCCUCCUUGGCAUUGGCGGGGGCAUGGUCAAGGGGCCCGUCAUGCUUGAGAACGGCAUCCUUCCGGUCGUGCAAACGUCGACCGCGUCGUUUAUGAUUCUCUUCACGUCCUCGGCGACCACGCUCCAAUUUGCGAUCGCGGGCAUGUUUCCCGGCCAGCUCCAAUACGAUUAUGUGGUUUGGUACAUUUUCGUGGGCUUUGGCGGCGGUCUUUUUGGCCAAAAGUGCGUCGGGUACCUCUUGAAAAAGUACAACCGGACGUCGCUCCUCGUGUACAUUCUCGCGUUCACGAUCGGCCUCUCGGCGCUCUGCAUGGGCUACAUUGGCUACCAAACCGCCAAGCACGACGUGGAGAAGGGCAUCGACCUCGGCUUCGCGAGCGUCUGCGGCGCUUAAGUACAGACCCACGACUCGAUAACUUGAUACAAAGCGACUGCUGUCUUGUACGGA